AUGGCAAUCACACCAUCAAGCUCCGAAUCUCACACACCCACACCGAAAACCAUUCUACAGCCGCCUUCACAGCCGUCGCUGCCACCACCACAGACACCAGCCGAGAACACCGAGUGCGUAAAAUGCGACUCGUGCGGCUUCAGUGAGGACUGCACCCCUGCAUACAUCACUCGCCUUCGCCACAGGUACCAAGGUCGGUGGCUGUGUGGGUUAUGCAUUGAAGCAGUGAAGGAAGAAUCAAUGAGGUCAGAGAGGGACAUAUCAACGGAGGAAGCUCUUAACCGCCACAUGAAGGUCUGCACGCAGUUUAGAACGCUGUUGUCGGUGCCUUCUUUGCAUGAAACGGAGCAUCCAAUCUCCGCUCUCGGCCGCGUCAUUCUCCGGCGAAUGGACUCUUCCCCGCGGAGGCAUCUCAGGUCCAACUCCGUUGGCUCUAUGCAUCCUGUCAAUGCCGUUGGACCAUCGUCCUCUCUCCUUCGAACUGGUAGUUGCUUCCCUUCUCUCUCUCGUUAG